GCCUACGUCGUGUGUUAGCUGGGAAGACAUGAAUCGACAAAACAUCUUUCCUUUCCAUAAUUCGUUAACCAUAACGUGUGAUAAUUGGUGUUGCAGUGAGCUGAGGCGAUAUGGACGGUCAGUUUUUUUUUUAACAACACUGAAGACAAACUUGUUUGCCCGUUUUCUCUUUUAUUAUUUUUUCCGCUGAACUCUCUCUCCGCCCUCUCCCUCACACGGAAGUAACUGAAACAUAAAUUGACAAGACAAGACGUCUCAUGAGGAACAAAUCGCUACAAACUUCUCUCCUUUUUUAAACAUGUAUUAUGUUUGUAACGUUUUUAACGCAGAAGGACUAGCGUUUUAAGGAGCUUUACGAUUCUAAAAAAAAAUCUCAGAAAACACUGUUAUCGCUUUAGUUGUUUUGCCUGUUCAAAGUGAAAGUAAAACGCGCGUCGGUGCAACAUGGCAGAAUACGAGGACGAAGAUAUCACAGACAGACCAUCUCUUCUGGAGUCUGAUUUAACUUGUCCGGUGUGCAAAGACAUAUUUAAAGAACCCGUGUUGCUCUCAUGUAGCCACAGUUUCUGUCAGGAAUGUCUGGAGGCGAGCUGGAAAAAUCAGUCGAAACGGCUCUGCCCGAUGUGCCGAAAAUGCUGCGACGGAGAAACACCGAUUCCCAACCGCGCAUUGAAGAACACCUGCGCAUCCUAUAAAAAAGAGAGAAGUUGGAGAGGGACGGGUUUAGACGAGAUUAUCUGUGGUUUGCACCAGCGACCAUUUCAGCUCUUCUGCAUUAAAGACGAGGAACCUGUGUGCGUGGAUUGCGUGACACUUCACCCCGGACACGAGCUGUGCCCGAUAGACCAAGGAGUGCCAUUCUGUAAAGAAGAGCUUAACUUGAAAAUCAAAAUACUGGAAAGCAAGCAGGAUUCAUUCAGAAGAAUGAAGAAAAAGUAUAAAGACACAAUCUCUUUUAUUGAGAGCCAGACUCGGGAGGCAGAAAAUCUAUUAAAAAUGGAGUUUGAGAGACUCCAUCAGUUCCUAAAUGAUGAAGAAACAAAUAGAAUAACAGCUUUGAAGAAAGAGGAAACCGAGAAGAAACAGAUGCUGGACAAGAAGAUUGAGAGCAUCACUCGUGAUAUUUCAGCUCUCGCAGAACUUAUUCAGUCAGUGAAGAGGGAAAUGGGAGCAGAGGAUUUGACUUUCCUGCAGAAUUUCCAGAAGCUAAAGAGAAGAACCCAGUGGACUGGUGAGGAUCCAACGAAGGUUCAUGGAGCUCUCAUAAACAUGGCCUUGCAUGUCGGUGGUCUGGGUUACAAAGUCUGGGAGAAAAUGCAGUUUCAUGUCCAAUGUUUGCCUGUAAUCCUGGAUCCCAACACAGUCUCUCCCUGGCUGUCCAUGUCUCCUGAAUUUUCCAGUGUGAAAGAGAGUCUCGAGAGGCAGUCUUUCCCAGACAACCCUGAGAGGUUUGACCCCUGUGUUUUUAUCCUUGGCUCAGAGGGUUUCUCCUCAGGGCGCCACCGUUGGGAGGUCAGUGUUGCCGACAACCCCAAAUGGAUCUUGGGAGUGUGUAAGGAGUCAGUGGUUCGGAAGAGGAAGUUUACCAUGACAACAACAGCAGGUGUAUGGACCAUUGGGCUGAGUAAAGGGGUCUACAAUGCCCUGACUACUCCACGCACUAUGCUAAAUGUAGAAAGAAGGCCUGAAAACAUCAGGAUAAAGCUCAAUAUGGAAAAGGGAGAGGUAUCCUUCUGGGAUACAGGCAACAACAAGCACCUUUGCACUUAUAAUGAUAAGUUCUCUGGAAAGCUUUUCCCCAUCUUUGGCCCAGGCCUUCACAGCACACCAAUGACUAUUUUGCCUGCCAAAGUGACCAUCCAUAAACAAUAAGUAGAUUUAGUUUGUGUCUUUAGAAUACAAGCAUGUUAAUGCAGAAGAGUUAUGGGCCGUUCACACAGACACUAUGUAUUAUAUGCAUACAUAGGCUGUGUCUCGUUUCGAAGGCUGCGUGCUAGGUUGGACACGUCCUUUGAAGGCUGCAUAAGUAUACCGAGUGUCCUCUAUUAAACAAGCCUUGUUUAAACGAGACGGCCUUCGUAGGACAAACGUAACGUAACAUGGUUGCUAUGACAGCAUACCACUCUUUAAUAAGUAAGAGGGCUUUGAGUGAGAAGGGAACAGAUUCCCUCUGGAAGGGAAUGUAUGAGGUACAUUUUAGGAGGGUUAUAAUGAUGUAAUGAGAAAAGAAAAUUUAUUUUUAAGGUGUACUUUCAGUCUAAAAUACUUUAUUUUAAUUAUAUAUUAAUAUCAUUAUACAUAUUGUAUACUCUGCACCCGUCUACUGAGGUACUUAAUAACAUUCCUUGCUAUUGAACAUCAUAUUUAUGGGCAACAUUUACGACCUCCGGAGGACGAAUCCUUCCAAACGAAACAUAUUGACUGUCUAUUUUCAGGGUAGAGAAAUUCUUUCAGUUAUUGCUGCAAAACAUCAUUGCAAAACAAGUAUUUUAUAUCAAUCACCUUAAUAUAUUUUACCAUAAUACUUCUCAACUUUUCAACUUAUAAGGCAGUGUCUUUUAUUGUGUCCUACUAGUCAUUUUACCAAAAAUAUCUCUUCAGUUUUGAAUCUUGUUUUGUUUUUUCUUUAAUAUGACUGUCUUUUGAUUUUGUGCCAUAUUUGUUUCAUUACCUGUUUUCAGUAUCAGCAGAAUUGUAUGUACAGUAAUAUCAGCAAAAUUACAGAUCUGAAAUAUCUGACUAAACAGACAUAAUGCUUCUAUUUAUAUUUGACACAUUUCUGAUAUAUUCAAAGGGGAACUUUUAAGGUCUUCCACCAAUAAUGGGAUCUAAACCAGUCCCUAAACUAAAAUAAAAAAAAUAGGUGAUACAAAUUCCAUUCUUCACAAGGUCACUCACUUCACCAAUCUAAUUCAUAUUAACCAAGAUUGUCAGAGCAUUCACACAUUAGGUAGUGGAUAUACCAAGAUUCAUUUCUAAAUUAUUGUGAAAGUCCAUGUUUUGAAGAAAUGUCUGGAGUUGCACAUUUAUCUACAAGUAUUUCAAAUAUUGGACUUUCAAUAAAAGUGAUGUGAUACAUAGAAUUUCUCAUUAGAUGCUUGUUGAUUUUGGAAUGUAUCCAAUGGUCUUAAAUGCCUUUUGGACUAAACAUAUUUUGAGCAAAAGUUUGACAGUUACAGUCUUAUCUGUGCUGCUUCUGAGAGUUCAUUGUGCUUUCUCUUGCACUAAGAGAGUUAGCAGAAUGAAGACUGGAAUGGGAUUCCUUUGCCCAAGAUACAUAUACAUAAUAUAUUGCACGUACACUGUUAUAUACAAAUGCUUGUUAAAACUGCUUGAUCCAAUACAUCAAUACGUUUAUAAGUUAACAUUAAUAGGUGUUCCUAAUACAUAUGUGGUAUGAAUAUAUAUUUAUGGAGUUAUGCCUACGGAGCUAGUAGGGUACAAUGGGGCUAAAGGCACACCUUAAGGAAAAUAAGCUUUAAUCCUGUUCACAAAAUGUAACAAGAUUGAAAAAAAAUAGAUAACUUUUUAUUAAAUAUUGAUAGAGCAACACAAUCUGUGAAAAUAAAUAAUCAAAGAAGGUUGUUUUGAUUAAAAUUAAGUUUUUCAUAAAAGCUGGUGAGGGGGCCUGUGAGAAAUGUUGACCUCUCAGUUGAUAUAGACUACCGGUAAAAAGUUUUGAAACAUGUUCAAAGUAGUCACCCUUUGCCUAGAAUUUACAGACAUGUUGACACUUUCUCAACCAACUUCUUGAGGUAUCAAGCUGGGAUGGUUUUUAAACAGUAUUGAAGGAGUUCCCAUCUAUGUUGGGCACUUAUUGGCUCUUUUCUUUAUUAUUUAGUCCAAGUCAUCAGUUUCAAAAACACAUUUGUUUCAUAAUGAAAUAAAUUAAUAUGGUAGCACAAUUAUAUUUUUGACUACAAAACAAAUUUCAAACAUUUUAGCAUAUGCCUUCAGAUCAAAAGAUUUUUAAGAUCAUAAGAAAAUGUUCAGUCAUGUGUUGCAAAACUUUAGACCAGUGUGUAUAUUUAAGCAUGCUGGCCUUUCCUCAGUUCCUGUUUUCAUAGUGUGUGUGUCAGUAACGGAAAUCAUGUGGAAAGGUUUCACUCUUGAGAUUUCAAAAGUUGAACAUCACUCCUCAGUUCUAAAACUUUUUUUAUUUACUUAAUGCAGAAUCUGUAAGUGUCUUUUUCAAAUAAGGUAAUGGUUGAUUUAACUGGAUAGUGUACUGCUUUUCCUGUUCUUGCAAAGAUAUAUAAUGCUGUGCUGAACAAUAAAAUACGAGAAAUCGC